CCCUCUCCCUCUCCCGCUCUCGAUAAUGUAGUUUAAUUAUUCUUCUGAAAUGGGAAGAAAAAUGGAGUCCCAUUUGUAAUACCACUAUUUAUUCAUGUAACCUUAGGGCAUGUUUCUACUAUACUUAGAAGACUUGGGGCCAUCAAUGAGAGAUGAAAUGUUUAUUAAUAUCAAAAGCUAGCAAAAUUAAUAAACUCAUCAUCAUGAUUGAUGAUUUUUGAUAAUUAAUAGACGUAAGGAUCAAGUGGGGCCAUGAUUAAAUUCAAUUCCUCACCCUUUCAUACCCUUAUAAGACCUUAUGAACAAAAAUGCAAGCUCUCUCUCCCCCUUAAGGAACAUGGAAGUACACACCAUGGAGAAAAGGGAAAGCUGAAAUUUUUAUUUUUUGUUUUUUAAAAAAAGAAGAAGAGGAGAUAUUUAGCUUUUUGGCUGUUGAUAUCUCCUUUUGAAUCUCUCCUACAUUUACUCAUUUUUUGCCAUCUAAUAUUUUUAAUUAACUUGGGUUUCUUUUUCCUGCUAAUUUUUUUUUUUUUUGCUUUUAAUGGCCCCUUUUUUUCUCUAUUUUUAAACCCAUUUUUCCUACUCCGCUCAGCAAGCAAGAAAGAAACAAAAACCCUCUUCUGUGCUCAGACUCUACACUUGGUUUGGAUGUGUGGUAGAGUUUUAUGGCAUAUUCAUGAGAUGAGCAGCAUGAUGAAUGGGACCGAGGAUAAUAAGAGGUCCAAGGGUCGUCAAGAUUCACCUGCAGCUGAUGAAGUUAAUGGUGGGGGAAUGGUGGGUGGGAUUACUCCUUUGAAGAAAGGCCCAUGGACCUCUGCAGAAGAUGCCAUUUUGAUAGACUAUGUCAAGAAGCAUGGAGAAGGGAAUUGGAAUUCUGUCCAGAAGCACUCAGGGCUCUUCCGAUGUGGAAAAAGCUGCCGUCUGCGAUGGGCGAAUCAUCUACGACCAGAUCUGAAGAAGGGUUCAUUCACUCCAGAGGAAGAGAACCGCAUCAUUGAACUCCAUGCUAAUAUGGGAAACAAAUGGGCUCGAAUGGCUGCAGAGUUGCCUGGAAGGACAGAUAACGAGAUAAAGAACUACUGGAAUACAAGAACAAAGAGACUGCAACGUGCUGGCUUACCACUUUACCCCCCUGAAGUUUGUCUGCGAGCAUAUAAGAUUAAUAAAGAUGGUCAAAAUAUGGGCAAAUUGCAAACAGGGGACGCACAUGAUCCUGAUAUGAUGCUGACUGACCAUUUUAAGAUUCCGGAAGUGGAAUUCAAAACUCUGGCGCUCAAUCCAGGUGUCCUGUCUUAUUCAACGGGUCUUUUCGAUGCUUCUGCAAGCAGCAUGCUGAAACAAGGUGUAGGUUCAUCCUAUGGUCAGGGCCUUGUGUUCCCAACAAUUCAUCCUGCCAAACGCUUUAGAGAGUCACAGACCAUAUUCACUGGUCUUGAUGGUAGUGUCAGUGGUGGAAUACCAGAGUUCGAUCAAUUUACAGAUUAUCAUCGCGGAAAGAUUACAGGGAACUUUGGGUUAUCUUCCCCAUAUGGUUGUGAUUUGAGCAACUAUGACCAGUCAUCAUGCGGUGUUCUUCCUGGCAGUCAUGCCAUUUUAAAUGGCAAUUCUUCUUCUUCAUCUUCUUCUGAGCCCAUAUAUAGGGCCACGAAGUUAGAGCUCCCUUCACUCCAAUAUUCAGAAACUCAACAAGAUAGCUGGGGAACACCUGCUUCCCCACUGCCUUCACUUGAGUCUGUUGAUACUUUUAUUCAGUCUCCUCCAACCACGGAGACAAAGUCAGAUGGUCUGUCACCAAGAAGUAGUGGUCUCUUGGAGGCAGUACUCUAUGAAUCACGAACUCUGAAAUACUCAAAGAAAUGUCCAGGCUACCAAACUUCAGAUGCUUUUGUCCCAAUUGGUUGUGGAGUGCAUAGUUCACCUUUGAAUGCCUGUGCAGCAGAAUGGGAACUACAUGCUGAUCUUAACUCUCCUUCAGGUCAUUCUGCUUCCUCAUUGUUUAGCGAGUGCACCCCGAUCAGUGGAAGCUCUUCGGAUGAACAAGCAUAUAAUGUCAAGCCUGAACCAAUCGAUCAGGUUUUGCCAUAUGUUGAAGCGAGAGAAGUUCUCAAUCAGACAGACUGUAACAGGCCAGAUGUUUUGCUUGGCUCAACCUGGUUUGCGCCCAGCAAUAAAUACCAUAAUGACCAAUUCUUUCAGACUGAUGAUGUAGCGGCACUUCUUGGUGGAGAUCAACCGUGAACAUUGAGCACUAGCAAGUGCUCCAUGAGUUGCAACUGCGACUGGGGAAAGGAUAGUGGCCUUGUCGGCUUUGACAUCAUUGAAAUUUGAUACUCCAGUAACCUUUAUGAUCCUUUUGUUAUCAUUCCUCAAAGGCUCCCUAAGAUUUUGUGACUUUCUUGGUGCCUCUGGAUAAUUACCUUCUGUUGUGCUCAUCUUAGGUGACUGACUAGACAUGAAACGUUGUCCUGCCAAUGCCAUUGCAAUGUUAUUCAAGUGUGGGUUUUGUUGUUGUUGUUCCAAA